UAGGUUCACGUAAUAGUUAUUGAAACGUUACAAAAAAUAACACGAUCAUAAAAUGUAUAUUUUAUGGACUUAAUAAUAUUGGAGAUAUGGAUGUUUUUCAUUUUUUUAUAUACUUUUUUUACUUCACAAAAGAAACGAACUCAAAUCCUCUGGGUCGGGUUGGAACAACUAGUGUGAUACGCCCCAGCAACCAGCCACCCGCACUCCGCGGGCCCCAACAUUACAAAUGGGUGGACAGCUACUACAUAAGGGACUACGAGUACCCCUUGCUGACGGCCAAACCAACUGUGGGCCUACCCCACCAUAUUCCCAUGGGCGCGCAAAUAUUCUUUGGGCAAAUAUUACCUCGUUACUGGAAAUGGAUAAAAGGAGACAGAGAAAAAUUCCCUACCACCUUACCACCAAUGGGACAUCUUACCAAUUCAAGAGUUGACAGGGCGUUUAUUACUGCAACAACUACUCGUACUACUACAAGAAGAACUACAAGAAGAACUACUAGAACAACGGAUACAGAAUAUGUGCCUGCGGAACGAUCUGUGCGAACAUCGAAACAGACGGUUUUUCGAAGACAAGCCUUCGAAAAACUGUCUACAAAAAACACGGUACUCGUGAAACAGGAAUUCCGGAAACCGCGACCUCAAACGGUAUCCGUUAAAACAGUUCCUUUGAGAACGACACCUAAAAAACCGCCACUCCAAAGAUUUACACCCCAAAAAGUAACAUCCGAAGAAUUGUUAUUACUAACUCCAGUGUACCAAACAAUUAAAACCCGAAGACAAAAGACUCAAAAGGUAUACGGUUUUAGGGAGUAUACCGAUUACGUACUAUUGUAACUACACUAGGUCACGCUACCUUCUCGCUAUGGAUGCGAUCCUCACGCGUGAUGGAGUCUAAGACAUCCACAAUUGUUUGAUCUGAGGCAGGUUUGACAGCUGUCUGUGACUGUACAGAAGAGACGCACGGGCGUGGCCAGUAGUGUCCCGAAGCGAUGAUGCCCUAUGAUGAAAGAGUAAAAUCUCGACAGGCUCAACUCAUAGCGGGUUCGUGUGAGCCAACCCGUGUGGUUGUACGAUUUUCUUGAGUUAUGAUUUUGUCUUUCCGUUCCUUAGUGUAAACCUUAACUGUGAAACCAACCUGUGUAUUGGUGUUUACUGUGCAUAUCAUUUUAACGGUUCCAGGAGAUAGGAA